AUGGUCACUUUCUCUCAACAAAAAGGGCAUGUUUUCUUCAAUGCUAUUGAAUAUCAUCAAGCUGAGGUUUUCAACCUUCUCCGUGGAUUUCACUUUAGGAAUGUGGUAGCAAUAAUGUUUAAUGAGAAUCACGAUAACUUGCUGCACACGGCAGCCAAGUUGGCUCCUGCUUCCCAACUUAACCGCAUCACUGGUGCUGCUCUGAAAAUGCAAAAGGAAUGGCGGUGGUUCAAGGCAGUGGAGAGUGUGGUGAAUCCUGGAAUUGAGCUUCGUCUAAACAAAGAAGGGUUGACUCCUCUGGACUAUUUCAAAAAGAAUCACAAAGAACUCAGGAAUGAAGGAGAGAAAUGGAUGAAAGAUACUGCAUCUUCUUGCUCAGUUGUUGGUGCUUUAAUCGUUACCAUUGUGUUUGCCACAGCUUUUACUGUUCCAGGUGGAAAUGAUCAAUCAUCUGGGAAUCCUCACAUCAUGCUAUGCAAAAGAGGACUUCCUUUACUCCUUACCCACAAAAUUGAUCAUAGGCCUUUCUACACUUUUUCUCUCAAUUGCAACUUUGCUAAUAGCCUUUUCCGCAACAAUAAUCAUCAUGGUGCAACAUAA